GCCCCCAGCGCCCCCCGGUCGCCCUGGAGGGAUUUCGGAUGCUGCGCCGCGGCCGCCUUCCCGCGUAGACCCGGACGAAGAGUCGCAGCCAACUCUCUCGGGCGCCUGCGUUCCGCCCCGGAGGGAGCCGGCGCCGCGCGAAGGGCUUCUCCCGCGGCUCAUGCGGCCGGCCCUGCGCCUGCCCCGCCUCGGCUGAGCCGCCUCCGGAGGGACGCGGGACCCAGCUGCAGCCCCGGGCGCGCGCCGGAGGCAUGGAGCGCGGCCCCGGCCUGGGGGUCACCCUCUACGCCCUGGUGGUGGUCCUGGGGCUGCGCGCCGCGCCGGCCGGCGGCCAACACUACCUCCACAUCCGCCCGGCUCCCAGCGACAACCUGCCCCUGGUGGACCUCAUUGAACACCCGGACCCUAUCUUUGACCCCAAGGAGAAGGAUCUGAACGAGACGCUGCUGCGCUCGCUGCUCGGGGGCCACUACGACCCGGGCUUCAUGGCCACCUCGCCCCCCGAGGACCGGCCCGGUGGGGGCGGGGGCGCAGCCGGGGGCGCCGAGGACCUGGCCGAGCUGGACCAGCUGCUGCGGCAGCGGCCGUCGGGGGCCAUGCCGAGCGAGAUCAAAGGGCUGGAGUUCUCGGAGGGCUUGGCCCAGGGCAAGAAGCAGCGGCUAAGUAAGAAGCUGCGGAGGAAGUUACAGAUGUGGCUGUGGUCGCAGACCUUCUGCCCGGUGCUGUACGCCUGGAACGACCUGGGCAGCCGCUUUUGGCCGCGCUACGUGAAGGUGGGCAGCUGCUUCAGCAAGCGCUCCUGCUCCGUCCCCGAGGGCAUGCUUUGCAAGCCGUCCAAGUCGGUGCACCUCACCGUGCUGCGGUGGCGCUGUCAGCGGCGCGGGGGCCAGCGCUGCGGCUGGAUUCCCAUCCAGUACCCCAUCAUCUCCGAGUGUAAGUGCUCGUGCUAGAACUCGGGGGGACCUGCUGCCCGCACCCGGACACUUGACGGAUCCCCAUCGACGCCCCAAACCGCCUCCAACCAGACCCACCACCCUCUAACGAGGGUUUUCAAUGAACUUUUUUUUUUUUUUCUGGCUACGGAGACCUAGCUUUCUGGUUGAUGUAAUGCACUGUUUAACUGUGUAGGAAUGUAUAUGUGUGUGUAUAUACGGUCCCAGUUUUAAUUUACUUAUUAAAAGGUCAGUAUUAUACGUUAAAAGUUACCGGCUUCUACUGUAUUUUUAAAAAAAACUUAAGCAAAAGUUAAAAAAAAAAAAAAAAGAA